AUGUACCAGCCCCGUGACAUGUACCAGCCCCGUGACAUGUACCAGCCCCGUGACAUGUACCAGCCCCGUGACAUGUACCAGCCCCGUGACAUGUACCAGCCCCGUGACAUGUACCAGCCCCGUGACAUGUACCAGCCCCGUGACAUGUACCAGCCCCGUGACAUGUACCAGCCCCGUGACAUGUACCAGCCCCGUGACAUGUACCAGGCCCGUGACAUGUACCAGCCCCGUGACAUGUACCAGCCCCGUGACAUGUACCAGCCCCGUGACAUGUACCAGCCCCGUGACAUGUACCAGCCCCGUGACAUGUACCAGCCCCGUGACAUGUACCAGGCCCGUGACAUGUACCAGCCCCGUGACAUGUACCAGCCCCGUGACAUGUACCAGCCCCGUGACAUGUACCAGCCCCGUGACAUGUACCAGCCCCGUGACAUGUACCAGCCCCGUGACAUGUACCAGCCCCGUGACAUGUACCAGCCCCGUGACAUGUACCAGCCCCGUGACAUGUACCAGCCCCGUGACAUGUACCAGGCCCGUGACAUGUACCAGCCCCGUGACAUGUACCAGCCCCGUGACAUGUACCAGCCCCGUGACAUGUACCAGCCCCGUGACAUGUACCAGCCCCGUGACAUGUACCAGCCCCGUGACAUGUACCAGCCCCGUGACAUGUACCAGCCCCGUUACCGUGACACACAGCCCCGUGACAUGUACCAGCCCCGUGACAUGUACCAGCCCCGUUACCGUGACACACAGCCCCGUGACAUGUACCAGCCCCGUGACAUGUACCAGCCCCGUUACCGUGACACACAGCCCCGUGACAUGUACCAGCCCCGUGACAUGUACCAGCCCCGUGACAUGUACCAGCCCCGUUACCGUGACACACAUCCUACCAUAUAA